UGAAAUUUGAACAGUGCAAUAAUUUCUCAUUUGCGAGGAUCUUGUCCGACUGUCAGAAUCCAUAAACAAGAAACCAAACGCCAAAAACGCCGUCGUAUUCAUCCAAUUCCCUCUCCUCCUCCUCCUCCUCCUCCUCCUGGGUUUCUCUCUCGUUCUUCCUCACCCACUCUCUCUUUUCAAAACUCCAUCUUCGUACCUCAACAGCAGAAGUAGAAACCAGGAAAAGCAAAAGCUUAAAAAUCGAAGUCAAAGAUUCAAAAGUAAAAAAAAAAAUCUGCUUUUGCGAUGUAGAGAAAGCAAGAGAAAGCACUUCUCUUCAUCGUCGAAAGCACACACAAAAAAAAGCGCUUGUUCUAGUAUUGGCAUGCUUAUUGGAUUAAUCAGCGAUUGAAGAGUUGAGUUGUUGCUGUAUGAAUAUCAAGUGUUAGCUAUCUAAACAUGGAUAAAGUGUCCUCCGACUGUCAAUACCCGGGAUGUUUCUUUUGUGUCAUGAAGGAAGGGAAUCCAAGUAAACGUAGAGCAAGCAUUUUGAAAUUCUUUAGAGAACUUCCUGCCCAGGAUGAUGAUGGUCAGGUUCUCCCUAUCAGCGGGCUUUGGAACACUGCCAUGGCACAUCCAAAUGACCCCGAGUUCAUUGAGUUAGGAAUAUUUGAAUGCAUGGCUGCUCUAAUAUGGAAGGGUCUAAAGAAUCGUCGCUGGCUUUCUCACGACCAGAAUAUAUACAUCCCCUAUUACGCAGCGCAUAUUAUUGGAUCCUAUACCAUGAAUAUGGAAGAAUUUGCAGAAAGUUCCGUACAUGCUGGGGUUAUCCCUCCCUUGGUGGAACUUCUAAGAGGGAGGUUAACUUGGGUUGAGCAGAGAGUAGCUGUUCGAGCGUUAGGACACUUAGCAACAUAUGCCAGCACUUUUCCUGCCGUAGCUAGUCAUGGUGAAAUUCUUGAGCUUUCUAUUCAACUGGCAACGAGUUCGCUAGAGAUAGUGUACUCACAUUUUUAUCAAUAUGUUGAUAGAAGGCUAAGCUACCAUUGCGAUUUGCUGACUCGUGGAAUGGGUGGUGUUGAAAUGGAAUCCAGGAAGGCUGAGGAGUGGGCUAGUCAGUUGCAAUGUUGGUCCCUGCAGCUCAUCAACUGCUUUGCUUUCAAACCGGAGUUUCUUCCCACCAUUUGCAAGCCUGAAUUCUUGAUAAAACUGCCUGGCAUGUGGGGUGGGCUUGUUAACGAGAAUUCACCAGCUGGUAUUGGUUUAUUGAGAACAAUUUGUCAUCAUAAGCUUGGGAGAGGACCUGUUGCUGGCUGUCCUGUUAUUAUUGAAUCAUUAUGUAAUAUUGCCCGGUCAUCCGAUGAUUGGCAAUACAUGGCUAUUGAUUGUCUUCUUUGGCUACUUCAAGACCCAAGUACAUGUCAUAAGGUGAUUGAUAAGGCAGUACCUGCACUUGUAGACCUUGCUGAGAUCACAACGCUGGGUGACCACAAGAAGCUUGGGGAUUCUAUUGCUAAUGUUCUUCAGGAAUGUAUUCAGUCACAAGGGACAGGACGUAACACUCCAAGCAACCGGACGAAAGAACUGAUUGAGGAGCUAUUAAGUUCCAGACAGAGAUUGAAAUGGGAAAAGAAUAUGCCAAAAGAGGAUCUACAUAUUAAACAGGCAGCUGCACUAGUUGUCAAGCUUGAAGGGAAUUCCCUAUUUUCUUCGGGAAAUAUAGCUGGAGCUGCAUCAAAAUACUCCGAAGCAUUGGCAUUAUGUCCAGUGAGAUCCAAGAAGGAGAGAGUUGUUUUAUACAGUAACCGUGCCCAGUGUUAUCUGCUGUUGCAACAACCUUUAGCUGCCAUAAGUGAUGCCACACGUGCACUUUGUCUUCACAACCCGCUUAACCGUCAUGCCAAAAGCCUUUGGAGAAGAGCUCAGGCUUAUGACAUGCUUGGUUUAGCAAAGGAGAGUUUAUUAGAUGCUAUUCUGUUUAUAAAUGAGUGCUCUCAAUCAAAUGAUCCUGAUCUAUCAUUGCGGCAAAAUAAAGUUCCUGACUAUGCUGAGCGAUUAGUCAAGAAGCAAAUGCGUGCUGCGUGGUUGUUUAGAGAGGCAGCUAUCAAACAUGGUGGUGUCCACUGUGAGGGCGAUGCUUGUGACAUCUAUGGCCAAGAAACUGAUGAUUCGGAAUGGGAGACAGCAAGUGAAAGUGAUAUAGGAAAUGAUGGAAGGGAUGCAAUGGGCGAUGAAGAUGAAGACGACGAUGACAAUGAAUGGAAGAGUGAAGAUGAGGGAAAAGAUAAAUACGAUAAACCAUCAAUAAAAGACCUUAAGCAUGGAUACAAUGUGCAGCUUGUUGAAGAUGAACCAUAAAACUUGGAUUGAAGAUUUACCCUUCAUAUCCUGCACGUGCGACAAUGGAUGUGAAAGGUGAAGAAAGAAGUGACCUCGUUGGCGCGAUCAGCUGAAUCCGUCCUGAGGUUCAUUGGAAACUGCCCGUCUUCCUGGGUCAGGUUAAGGAGAAAGAAAGUAGUCCAGUUCUUUUGUCAAUUUAAAACUUGCUUUGUUGUGUAUCGUUUUUAAUUAUUGUUCCUAAUUUUUCAUAUUAAAAGUCAACUGUAGAAAAAAAAAGGGUGAAGUUUUUGAGUCUCGAGAACAAAUGAGUGUAGGGUUGUGAAGUUUUUGAGUGAUUACUUAGAGUUAGAGGCUUGUGUAUAUGAAAACGUUUACGCUAUUGACAUCAAACUAUCAUUUUGUCAAUACUUCCGUCAGUAAUUAUGGUUUUUGUUUGCCUUAAUCCGUGCAAGAAAUUGAUUUUGCUCUCAUUUUUUCUCGCA